UCCGCACGCUGCACACCGUAGAGCGUGAGGGGCGGAGUCUGGACACGUGGGUAAACUUGCAUGGUGUCAGUGGUGGAAAGUUUGGAGUGAAGCCUGCUAGCUGUGUGUUGUCUCGGGGUUGGAAGUGUCGGUGCUGAGCGGAAAAACCGUAGAAUAGCAGGAUACUGUGUGAAAGUGACCUACAAGACUUGCUAACAUGCCUGCUUCUUGUGAAUCAAUAAUUGAUGAUAUUGAAGACAUGGUCUCAGCAGAAGACCCUAAACCACAUGACCGGCAGUCGGCAAGACAGAAUGUUGUUCCCCGGGUCCGGAAAAGAAACCAAAACAAAACUGAGGAGCCCCCUCCAAGUGACAGUACCAUACCUGGCACCCAGAAGAUCUGGGUACGCACGUGGGGCUGUUCACAUAACAGCUCUGAUGGAGAGUACAUGGCGGGCCAGUUGGCUGCAUAUGGCUACAGCAUAACAGAAAGUCCAGAGCAAGCAGACCUGUGGCUAUUAAACAGUUGCACAGUGAAAAGCCCAGCUGAGGACCAUUUCAGGAACUCAAUAAAAAAAGCACAAGAAGAAAAUAAAAAAGUUGUUUUGGCUGGAUGUGUCCCUCAGGCUCAGCCGCGUCAAGAAUAUCUCAAGGGUCUAAGUAUAAUAGGGGUUCAACAGAUUGAUCGAGUAGUAGAAGUUGUUGAAGAAACAAUUAAAGGUCAUUCAGUGCGACUGCUGGGUCAGAAAAAGGAUAAUGGAAAACGGUUGGGGGGAGCUCGAUUGGAUUUGCCAAAGAUUAGGAAGAACCCACUGAUAGAAAUCAUUUCCAUCAAUACAGGGUGCCUAAAUGCGUGUACCUACUGCAAAACAAAACAUGCAAGGGGAGAGCUUGCUAGUUAUUCUAUAGAAGAGCUGGUUGACCGAGCGAAACAGUCUUUUCAAGAGGGUGUUUGUGAGAUUUGGCUGACCAGUGAGGACACAGGAGCCUAUGGUAGAGACAUUGGCACAGACCUCCCAACACUCCUAUGGAAACUGGUUGAAGUUAUUCCUGAGGGCGCGAUGCUAAGGCUUGGCAUGACCAACCCCCCCUAUAUUUUAGAACAUCUUGAGGAAAUGGCAAAGAUAUUGAACCAUCCCCGUGUGUACGCGUUUCUGCACAUCCCAGUGCAGUCCGCUUCAGACAGCGUGCUUAUGGAUAUGAAGAGAGAAUACUGCAUAGCAGACUUCAAAAGAGUUGUGGAUUUCUUAAAGGAGAGAGUGCCCGGAAUUACAAUCGCUACGGACAUCAUCUGUGGCUUUCCUGGAGAGACGGAUGAAGAUUUUAAGGAGACGUUAAAGCUGGUUGAAGAAUACCAAUUCCCUAGCCUCUUCAUUAAUCAGUUUUACCCGCGCCCAGGGACCCCAGCUGCAAAAAUGGUGCAGGUUCCAGCCCAUGUGAAAAAACUGCGGACCAAAGAGCUGUCCCAACUUUUCCAUUCAUACAAUCCAUACGACCAUAAGAUUGGUCCUCAGCAACACGUUGUCCAGGACCAGGAUUUUGUAAUCUCCCAAUACUUUAUAAACCACACCCUAUUCCAUGAGCAGGUCCUUGUUCCUAAGGAUCCAGCCUUUAUGGGGAAGAUGGUUGAAGUAGAUAUAUAUGAAACAGGAAAGCAUUACAUGAAGUCAAAACCUUUGUUGGAGUCAAAGAUGUAUACUCCCUCCAUCACCAAGCCUCUAGAGAAAGGAGAAGUUUCAGGUCUACCUCAGGAGAGCAAAUCACUGUUGAAAAACAGUUUCCUUUCAAAACCAAAAUCUUCUGAUGCACACAAGACCAUCCUACAUCUGGCCUGGGGUGACAGUGGAGAACAGAUGAAGAUACUUUACUUUAUUGCAGCAGUUAUAGGAGUUUUUAUUGCAUUUCUAGGAGCAAAAAUCAUUCACAGCGAGGUUGGAGGAAAUUGAAUAUGGUUUUGUUAGAAAAACUGCAGGAGAACUGAAUUAUGUUCAGCAAACUACAAUUUUGUGCAUUUUGGAAGUUUGAUUUUUUUAUACCUAGGUUUUAUCUGUAUAUUAUUUGUACAGAUGGCAAAAUGUGCAGAUUUUAUUUAAGUCCAUCUUUCUGUGCAGAGUUUUAGAGACCUGAGCUUUAUUCAAUUGCUGAACUGUACAGUAUGUAUUUAAGUAGUAUAAUGCUGGUCAUUUAUCACAUGCAGGGUGCCAGAUCAAUCAAUAUCAGUGUUUUUUUGUUCUAGAAACCAUUCAAGUGAAUACUAGGGAUGGGGUAAUUUGAUGUCAAAACAAAUAUUGGUUAAAAAAAAGAUUAUUUUUGUUAGUCAUUUUCAUCGAUCUCUUUUCCUAAAACGGCUGACUUUACUAAGUUGCUGCUCUAAAUUGCCUCCUGAUUAAGAACAUUGUCCAUUUGGGGUUUUAAAUUGUGUUAAUUAUAUUAAUGUCCAUUUCUACACAUUGGCUUUCAUAACCGUCUUACUCCAUGAGAGCUCUCUACCUCCAAGAGCUGAAUUAAUUAUGAUUUUUACAUAAGUUUACCAGGUAUACAAGUCUUCUUCUAGGAAUGCUUCCAACAAAUGUGUUACCUAAACUAGAACAAAACAUGCAGAUAUCAUAUGAAACUGUAUUGGGACCUCUUUAGUGAAUGCCUUGUAGCUGUUUGUGUUGGUUUACCUUUUAUUUUAAAUAUUCUGCAUCCUAUUUUAACAUUUUAGUUUGGGCAGAGUAAAACAUUUUUUAAGCAAGCCAUUUGAUUUGUUGGGAUUUGUUUGGUUAAAUCUGGACUGGUUCAGCAAGCAAUGGCCAAGAUUCAAACCAUAUUUGGGCAAGCUGAAUGUACCCCUAUGCCCCCUCCUACUGGGAGAACACAAUUUUUUUUCAGGAGGGUUUCCCCCAUCAACACUGACUGUGUUAAUGGGGGAAUCGAGCCAUUUUCUUUCAUGCAACCCAUGGCUGUAGGAAAGAAAAUUGCAACAUGUAUGGCUGGCCUUACCUUGUGCGUUUCACCUAGAAGACACAAUACAUUCAAAACAACACUCUUUGAAAUUACAGCAUAACACAGGGUUAUACGUGUGGGGCCUAUUAAUAAACAUCUGUAUCUGUAAUUGCCUGUGAUGGCCUGUUUUAAUGGGAUGUUUGCCUUGAGGAUGGCUUGCCAAUAUUGUUUAUGAUGGGUUCCAGAAUAUAGUUUUUAUUGACAGCUGUUAAAAACCUACAGACAGUUUAGUUCUUCAGCAUCCCAUCCCAUUCCAUAGUAAUUGCCUUUAAAAGUUGCAUUUUAGUACUAUUUUAUAAAAUCGAUGUUGGCAUUAGCAGAUGCCAUCAACACAUUCAGUUUUCAGCCCUUUACCAGAAUACAGUAACAAAAACUUUGCGAUUGGCUGAAAAUAAAACAAAACCAAUACUUAUUAUGGACAUUUUUAUUUUGCUGAUUUAAAGUGAAAUCUCAGCCUGUGUAUUUUACAGACAGUCCAUCAAUCUUUGGAUAGCUACAGUACUAACCUUAUCUUUAUAAUGAAUGCGAAUCAAGUUUUUUUUUGUUUUUUUUUUCGUGCCAUGAUAAUGCUAAAUGAAGGCCAACAGGAAAUGUCAUAUGUACUGAAGAUGUUAAAGCAAAAAGGCUGGUAAACUGGAAAACUGAAUUUGAAAUAGACACAUUGUGAACUCUGCCAAUUAACAUAAAUUGGUUAGUUUGGAUAAAUGUAUAAACCCUUUAGGUUUUCUUCUGCUCUGAUUUAGUCAAUAGUCUUAAUGGGUUUACAUAGCUGGAUUAUUCUGUUUUAUUUUAAUUACACAAAAAGCACAAUCAUUUAUAAUAAAUUCAAAUCUUAUUUAAGUCUUUACACAAGUGAUUUUGUUGCUCAUAGUCCCGUUUGUCCUGCUUUUUAUUUUGAGCUUUUAUUUUCCAAGUAAAAUAAAAUUUUCAGUAUUGUUAAAGGCUAUAGAACAGAGUUUUCCCAUAUAGAAAGCAAUGGUGAACAGCAAAACUUCACAGGCAGACAAAUUUCACUUUUCACAAGUACAUUAGAGCUUUGGUAUUGUUAUUGGAAACAGAGAAAAAUUGGUUAUUUGGGUAUUGGCCAAAUAAAUUGGAAAGUGAAUGCUAACAUCAAAUUGGCUGCUCUAAGAAUCAGAUUUUUGUUUAUCAAUGCUCUUUUAUAAAUGUGUUUAAAAGAAAUGGUACUGAAACUGUCCAUCUAAUUAGUGCCUGAUGUUUUCCUGGCAUAUGUCAGCCAAUUGCAUGAAACAUGUCAACUGCCGGGAAAGGGAAUCUAUGUGUAGGUUAAAAACAGAGCUUUUUCAUUCGUCUUUACCAACGUGUGGUAACAUGAAAGCUAUUGCUUGGAGUAACUUAGGCUGUUACAGAAUGUAUUGCUGGCAUAGUAUACUGCCUAGCUGAGUGCAGCUGUAUUGGACCAUUUCAUUGCCUUAAAGUAAAACUAAAGGUAAAACUUUUUUUAUUAGUUUUGGAUAGAGAGAAGAGGGAUUAGAGAGGAUUUGCAUUGCUCUCUGUGCCCCUGUUAAGAAAGCUCACCCUCUAUAUUUGUCAUGUUUACCAUUUUCUUUUAAAG